CCGGUGAUGCGGACAAGCGCGGACCUGUCAUCACCCCACGACAUGUGCUAGGCCACCACGAUGUCGCGUCUACUUAUAUUCGUCUUAAUCAGUGCAACGUGCGUCCUUUGUAACGAACUCAACGACAAAGAGAGUGCCCGAGAGGAAAAGUUAAGAAGUGCCUUAAUCGACGCUUUUCAGAAUAUCAAAAAAGCUUCCGCUAAGGGUGGGGUCGACGACGAAAGUCUGGAUCUAAUAGGAUCCAUAAAUUCGAAUACUAGUAAUCACAAAUCUACAACUGAAGAUUCGUUCGAUUUAUUCGCUGACGAAGAUGGAUUAUCAUUCGGUGAAAAAUUUUCGAAAAACGAUACUGAAAAACUAACACCUGGAACAGAGAAAUCUCACAAUGUACAACAUCUUAUAAAAACUACGAAAACAAUUGAAUUCACAACAAAUAAACCGAACAGAGAUGUAUUUAGGAAGUUAAACGACUCGAUAAGGAAUACGGUGAACGAAACUAGAAUGCAAAUGAGGAAUACUUUCAAUGAUACAAAUCUUUUGAGCUUGGAAAGUAUGCUGCGAGUUUUUGAUGCGGAGAUAUUGUUGCAACAGUGGGAUGAACUGAAGAGCACUGUUUCUGGAAUGUGCAAGGAAGAUAUGCAGGAGUACAUCGAGGGACUGCGGGAACGAGCUUUGUGGGCAUUGAAAAUGGAGGACGCGAGUGGCCGCUACACCUCUAUGUUCUACUGGGGGAACAACUACUGGACUGGGUCUGUCGAGCUGUGCCAGAUCCUCAACCAACACCACGCACCUUACAAGCACAACAACCGUAGUGCUGGCUCCCAGAUAUUCAACGAAUGGCGCCAGGAUGUCUCCAUGACAGGGCUGGGACCCCCCUUCGAUACAGCUUUCUACAACGUUAAGAUGUCUGUCACCACGGACCUGCAUGAGAUCAUCCGGACUCGUCGCACAGUACAUCUGGGCGUGUGCCUGCCCCGCUCGUGCGGUCGGCGACAGGUCGGCGGGUUGGUAGCUGCGGCUCGCGCACCGCUGCUGCGGCACCAGGUGCUGGCCGUGCGCUCGCCGGAGCACGGGAACUACUCCUAUAUCCUGGACCCCACCUUCCAGAUACUCCUUGGAGUGUGCUGCGUUGUGGCCACGCUGCUUAUCACCGCCACGGUGUACGACAUGCAGAUAGCCAAAGAGGUGCGCGCGCGCCGCCGACGAGUUAACAAUAUGGCCGCAGCCGAAAGUGGAGCCGGCCUAGACGCCAUUACUGUAUCCAAAGGUAAAUCUCUAUACAGCGUGAACAACAAUAUCGCGAUAAACAGCAAUAACUCAGAAGAGAGCUUGACGGCCGAGACCUCUUCCACAGACGAGGAAAUCAAACUCAGAAUGGUUGCAUUUCCAGGCGUGUGGUCGGAACUGUUGCUGUCGUUCUCAAUGAAGGCCAACAUCCUCCAGAUCCUGGACCAGUCGGUCGGCGCGGAUACCGUGCCAGUCGUGCACGGCUUACGGACUCUCUCUAUGGUGUGGGUGAUAUUCGGACACACCUGUAUAGUGGUUUUCAAGUACGCUGACAACACGGCCCUAAGAGCAAUUCUGGAGAAGAGUUUCUGGUUCCAGCUCAUCAUCAGCGCUGUAUACAGUGUUGAUACGUUCUUCUGUCUUGGAGGUAUGCUGGUUACGUUUCUGUACUUCCGCACUAACGCUAAGGGCAAACUGGAUCGGCUGACCAAAGGUCGAAGAAAAGUCACAGCUGGUCUGCUGCAGUUUCUCGGACUGAUCGGAUACAGAUUUGCCAGAUUGACGACGCCGUAUCUCUUCAUGUUGGGCGUCGUGGAGGUAACCAUGAAAUGGUUCGCGCACAACUCGAUAUUCGAACCACCAGCCAUGGACCACGAGACCUGCCCCAAAUACUGGUGGAGGAACUUGCUCUACAUCAACACGCUCUUCCCAGUCGACCAGAUGUGCAUGUUGUGGAGUUGGUAUCUGUCGGACGAUACUCAGUUCUACGCGGUCAGCGCGAUCCUACUAAUACUAGCCACGAGUCACUUCAAACUGUCAGUAAUACUGACGGGCGUGUUCUUCGUGUCGUCUCUCUUUACAACGGGCUACGUGUCAUGGAGCAGCGAGCACAUCCCCAACAGCGAGGACCCCUUCACCCAGUUUGACAAGAUUUACGACAAGCCCUGGACGCGCCUGGGACCCUAUCUCGUCGGGAUGGUCACCGGGUGGAUUCUUUUCAAAACUAAUUUGAAGAUAAGAAUGAACAGGGUGUGGACGUGUGUGGGCUGGAUAUGCUGCACGGGCAUGUUGCUGUUCCUGAUUUUCGGUCUGUAUCGUUCAGAGCUGAGUGUAGCGUCAGCCGCCGUGUACAGCGCGGUCUCUCACUCGCUGUGGGCCGCUGCCAUUGGCUGGAUCAUCAUCGCCUGCUCUACGGGGCAUGGAGGCUGGCUCCAUGCACUACUAUCGGCGCCCGUCUUGUAUCCCUUCUCUCGUGUGACAUACUGCGCGUACCUCGUGCAUCCUGUUGUACUGCGAGUUGUUGCAAUGCAUCUCACACAUCCAAUACACUUGGGUGAAAUGCUGGUUUUCGUGUUGUUCCUGGGACUGACUGUGAUAUCAUACUUCUUGGCGUUUUUGAUCUCUGUGGCCUUCGAGGCACCAAUCGUGACAAUGCUCAAAAUUGUUUCACCGCAGAAGAAACCACACAGAGUAUAGCCAUAGAAAAAGUACAAUCCGUUAAUAUAAUAUUUCAGUAUGCUUUAAACAUUAUAAAGACUGUUAAAAUGGGACUUUACAAUGAAGUUUUGGAUGAUAAUUACAGUCAUAACAUUUUGGUUAGGAUUAAUAUGAGUAUAUAAGUUAAAAAAAUACACUUAUCAGCACGUUAAGUAUUACAUACUGAUAGUAAACUUAAAUAAUUUGGGAUUAUUUUCACUGUAAUUUAGAAGGUUGGUAAACACCAAAAUUAACAGAAGGAAAUUAUAUGUUGUCUUAGCUGUUUAGGUAGUUAACCUGUUUUAUGCAAACAAUGUACAGUAAUAAAUUAUAUGAUAGUUCAAUUAUCUUCAAAAAUAGUUGAGUACAAAUAUAUAGUACAAAAUGUUAUAUUAGAUCAUACAACUAAGACCAACAAUCAUAAUCCUUUUGAAUUCCUUAAAUAUUUGUAUAAAGCGGGUGUCAGUUUCAGCACCGGAUUCAUGUUUAUUGCUCCAUACAAUAUAACUUAUCAAAUUGUGUGAUGUGAGUAGUAUUAGUAAAGUAAACGAAUUAAUUAUUAGAAUAUUGUAAUAGUUUUUAUACAACUCAAUUAGUUAUAAAUAAUGUAAAUAUAAUAUUAUCUCACCAUGUAAAUAUAAUGUACAUAUAUUGUAGUCUAUAAGUUUUGUAUUUUUUUUAAAUAAAACUAUAAUAUUAUAUUA